AUGGCGCGGCUGCGUCGCGCUCGGGGUGACGUCACACAGGAGCUAGCCAAUGGGACGCCGCGACCCGGCCAGGCCCGCGCGUUCCGUCGUGCCGUGCGGGGCUCCCUCGUGACGUCAUCGGCGUGCGCCGCGGGCAGAGAUGCAGCGGGCGGCGCGAGGCGCCCUGCGCGGGGCGGCGAGGGUGAGGCCCCGGGACGAUACCUGCUCCGGGACGAUCCCCACCGGCGCGCCCCUUCCCCGGGACGUAGCACCCCACCCCGCCCUCCCCGCCGUUACCGGGAGCCCUCCCGGCACAGCCCUGCCUGGGACAUCUGUUCUGGGACCGCCCUGGCCGGGAUCGCCUCCCCGGGAGCCCCUUCCCGUCCAGGACACUCCGCAUGGGACACCCUCCCCGGGGCAUCCCCCACCGGGACACAAUCCCCCGGGACACCCCUCCCCCGGGACACCCUCUCCCCAUGGGACACGCCCGGGGCAUCCCCCACCGGCACACCUCUCCCCCGGGACACUCCCUCCCCCCGGGACCCCCACCCGCAGGAUAUGUCCACCCAAGACACCUCCCGGGACCCCGACUCCAGCACCCCCCCCCAUCCUCCCCGGCUCCGCCGGGCGCCUCCAAUCCCCCGGGUUCGGUUCUUCCGCGCCGCCCCCGCGCUGCUGGCGGCGGACAAGGAGUCGCUGCUGCAGCUGCGGCGGCGAACGGGGCUGCCGUUCCUCAAGUGCCAGGAGGCUCUGCGGCGCUGCGGGGGGGACCUGCCGCAGGCCGAGGCGUGGCUGCAGGAGGAGGCUCAGCGGCAGGGCUGGAGCAAAGCCUCCGCCCUGGGGGCUCGGCCGGCGCGGGAGGGGCUCCUGGGGCUGCUCCGGGAGGGCUCUGCCGCCGCCAUGGUGGAGGUGAACUGCGAGACAGACUUCGUGGCCAGGACGGCGGAGUUCCGGCGCCUGGUGGAGCUGGCGGCGCUGGGCGCCAUGGCUCACUGCCGGGGGGCUGCGCUGCCCCCCGCGCCCUGCACCACGCACCUGCUGCGGGCCGAGGAGUUGGCAGAGCUCCGGGCGGGGCCUGGGGGGCAGCUGCUCAGCGACCACAUCGCAAUGGCCACCGGGAAGCUGGGUGAGAAGCUGGCACUGCGGCGGGCGGCCUGGCUCCGGGUGCCCACCCCCGGGGGCUUCGUCGCCACCUACGCCCACGGCGGGGGGGGCGGCGCCGGCCCGGGGGGGGCCGUGGCCAUGGGCACCUACGGGGCGCUGGUGGGCUGCGGGGGGGCGGGCGCGGGGCCCCCCCGGGCCGAGCUGGAGGAGCUGGGGCGCAAGGUCGCCCAGCACGUGGUGGGGAUGGCCCCCCGCAGCCUGGGGACCCCCCAGGACCUGCCGCGGGGCGAGGAGGAGAGCAGGCUCCUGGCGCAGAGCUUCCUGCUGCAGCCGCAGCUCACCGUGGGGCAGCUGCUGCGCGGGGGGGGGCUGCUGGUCAGCGGCUUCCUGCGCUUCCAGUGCGGGGAGGAGACCCCCGCGGCCCCCCCGGACACCGCCCCGGCCCCCCCAGCCUGA